CCGACACCCGCGAACCACGCUGAGCACACCUCCAUUGCCUGCACGCUCAUUAGCAUUAUUCCUUAGGCUAAUUAGCACUCGGGCGACUACGUAUCAUAGUGGGCAUUCGGCUUGUUUGUUUCCCUCAACUCUACCUUGUUGCCUUGACGUUUCCCAUAACACGUUGGCACAUUUCUAGGGCUGGCCGGGUGGCCAGCGUGUAGGAAACAUGAUCAAUAGGCAGGCAGGAGCCCCAGCACUAGGCGCGCGGUGCCCAACGCGCGAGGUGCUGACGCGAAGGCCGUGCGUCGUCCGCGUGUCUGCACCAAGGCUUGAGGACGUAGAGCCUGCUCCUUCAGAUGAGGUUCCAGCGACCAGGGCUCGCUAUUCUCGCUUCGCACCGCCGCCGCAAGUAUCGGGCGCGAGUACCCUAGUCGAGACACCAGGUCGCGCUGCUCCCCAGGCGCAGCGCACCAUCAGGCCUAAGCAGCAAGUGUUGAAUGAGGGAAAUGAGGGACCAUACCAGCAAAGCACGCCCCUCUCGCAGCGGCAGCUCGAGGACUUCAGUGCAGAAGUGCUCGGCAGCAGCUCCAGCGUCUGGAGCGCUGAGGCUCGCAACCUUCCAGCUUCUACGAGCGACAGCAGCUCGUCGCUUGACAGCGUGCUGGCCCAUAUCAAGGGCAAGGGGCCAAACACCAUUAUGGCUACGCUCUCUGGGCUCUCAAAGCGGGGCGAAUUCGACACGCUGCUUCGGCUACUGCAGGAGCUGAACAAACCCAUGCUCGAGGUGGUGUGCAAGAGGUGGCACUACUCGUCCUUCAUCGAGGAGGUCUGUUUGACCAUGAAGGCUAAGCCAGCGGUCGUGUUUGCGAAGAUUGCGGCACCCUACGUGUCGAAGCCAGCGGCGCUGUUCAUGGCGGUGCUGAAGGCGUGCGCGCGGUGCCGCGACCUGGAUGCGGGCAUGACGGUGGUGGAGCUGGCGCGAAAGAGCGGCGUGACGGUAGACGUACAGAUGAUGACUACGCUUAUCAAGGUGUGCAAGGCGGUGGGCAACGUGGACAAAGCGUACCGCGUGUACCUGGAGAUGCGCGCUGCGCAGCUGCGCAUCGACAGCCAUGUGUACGGCGCACUCAUCGCCACGUGCGCGGAGGCCAUGAAGCGCGAUCUGACCGUGGUGCAUGAGCGCAAGGACCAGUAUGUGCUGCUGGAGCGCGCGUUCCAGUACGUGGCGGACGCGGAGGCGGCGGGCGUGACGCUGCAGGCGCCCGUGUGGAACUCGCUCAUGGUGUGCGCCGGCCGCUCCGGCGAGCUCAACCGCGCCUUUGAGGUGCUGACCAUGAUGCAGCAGCGCGGCAUUGGCGCCUCAGCCACCACCUACGGCUCGCUCAUCGAGUCGUGCGUGUGCGCGCGGCAGCCGGAGAAGGCGUUGCGCGUGUUCGAGGUGGCCUUGCACAAGGGCUUCGAGUCGGAGGUGAAGCUGUACACGCAGGCGCUGUCGGCGUGCAUGCUGCCCUUCCCGGGGGCCUGGGACCGCGCGCAGGCCAUCUACAGCGCGCUGCAGCGCUGCACCAGCGUGCGGCCAGACAAGAAGUUCUUUGCCUGCUUCAUGGCGGUGGCGGGCCGCUGCGGGCGGAUGGAGGUGGUGUUUGAGCUGCUGACGGAGAUGGCGGCGGAGGGCAUCCGGCCCAGCAGCACCAGCGUGUCGGGCAUCAUCCACGCCUGCCUGGACCAGGGCAACGUGGCUCUGGCCCGGCGUGUGUACGACCUGUGCGCCAAGCAGAGCGUGUACCCGGUGCCCAGCCAGUUCAACCGCAUGAUGGACGUGUACGCCAGCGAGUUCAGGUUUGGGGAGGUGGUGAGCCUGCUGUGUGACAUGGUGGCGGCGGGCCGGCAGCCCAACCUCAACACCUACCGCAUCAUCAUCAACGCCUGCGAGGUCACGGACCAGGCGGGCCUGGCCUUCCAGGUGUUUGCGCUGAUGCACGCCAACAAGGUGCACAUCCUACAGGGCAAGUUCGCGCAGACCAUCUACUACAUGCUCAUCAAGGCUUGCUACAACCAGACGCGCUACCUGUGGUUGUCAGGCGGCUACCCGCCGCAGGGCCCCGCAUCCGCGUCCGGCGCCGCCUCCUCCGUUAACGGCGGCGCCAGCACCAGCGGCCACCACCACGCCUCGUCCUCGCCCUCCUCAUCACACCACCCGCACGCGUCGCCCUACAGCACGGGCAUCCCCGCGCAGCGCAAGAUGGAGGCGGAGAAGGUGCUGGCGGCUCUGGGUGGGCACAAGCUGCGGCGUGGCGCGCAUCAGUCCAACCCGUUCGAUGGGCCGCCCGACACCAUCGACUGGGCCAGCCAUGCGCUGAGCGCCUUCCACCACAUGCUGGGCCGCGGGCAUCGGCCCUCGCUAGAGCUGCUGGACGUCUUGCUGAACUGCAUGCGCGCCAAGAUGCUGCCGCCCGACGACUCCACCGUCCCGGGCGUGCCGGGCGUCUCGGGCGCCAUGGCCGCCGCCGCCGCGGCGGGCUUCGCCGCCUCGCCCUUUGUGCCGCUGCGCCCGCGCAACGCGGUAUUCGAGUGCGCCUUCGAGCCGCGCGCUUUUGCCGUGCUGGAGGAGGCCAUUGGCCGUGGCCUGCUGCCCAAGUUCGACCCUGACGCCCCGCUGGUGAUGGACAUGCGGCGGCUGCCGCCCGUGGUGGCUGAGGUGUACGUGCUGCAUAUCCUGCAGACGCUGGACCGGCGCGCGAAGCGCAAGGCGGCGGAGGCGGAGGCAGCUGCCAAGAAGGCGGCGCUGGCGGGCAUGGACCUGGACAAGGCGGCGGGCGUGACGGACCGCAUGAGCAUGGCGGACCGCGGCCUGGCGGCGCUGGCGGGCGCGGCGCGGCCGCGCGUUAAGGACAACUACCACCACAGCAUCACGCUGCUGGUGCCGCCUUUCAACCCCGACCUGGUCAAGUGGCCCAGCUACCUGGAACGCAUCAUGAACCGCUACACCGACCACAUGACGCCCGAGGAGCGGUCAAAGCUGCAGCGCCGCAACGAGUACCGCCGCUCCCGCGCUCGCCGCGCCGUGAACGGCUCUCCCGCCGCCGCCGCGGCGGCCGCUGCCGCCGCGCUGUCGCUCCGCCGCAACGCCGCGGACGCCGCCUCUGACGGCUCUGACGUUGAGGCCAGCCGCCACGCCGGCACCGCCGCCAGCGACCUGGACGAGCUGGAGGCCGUCAUGGCGGCGGCGGCCGACGGCGACGGCGAAGCCGCCGCUGCCGCGCGCGGCCUGUGGGCCCGCGAGGACGUGGCCGCCAUGAUGGCCGCGGGCGUGCCCGCCGCCGGCAUGGGCGUGGGCAUGGGCGACAGCUGGGGUAGCGACAGCGACGUGAGCGACGGCGAGGGCGUGGACCCGGCGGGCGGGCAGUACCGCGCCGACUUCACCACCGGCCUGGCGGUGUCGGCCACGCUGCAGCGCAUGAAGGUGUGGAUGGACAUGGACUACGCCAACGGCGCCAUCACCGUGUUCGCGGUGGAGGUGGCGCGGUGGCUCAAGCGCCGCCGCCAGGCGGCGGAGGCCGCCGCCGCGUCCGCGGCCACCUCGGCGCCGAAUGCCGGCGGCGCGGGUGGAAGUGGCGCCUCGGGCGCCGGCGACAGCAACGGCGCGGGCGUGGGCCACAUGUCAGCCGGCGUGCCGGUGGGCGGCAACGCCGCGGAGGUGGCCGCGGCGGCUGCAGCGGGCAUGGGCGUGUCCAGUGCACGCAUGAUGGGCCGCGGUGCGGCGCUGGGCCGGGGGCUGCCAGGCGUGGAGGCGCAGCAGCGCAACAUCCGGCUAGGCAUGAUGACCGGCUCCGGCACGCCGCCACCGGGCGGCGGCCCGCCUGCUGGCGCGGUCGGCGGCCCGCCUGCCGGCGGCUCGGCCGCGGGACGCAGCCCCAGUGUCAACGGCAUGGGGCCGGGCAGCGGCGCCGUCUCCGCGGGGGGCCUGUUCCAGCAGCACCAAGCGCAGUCGCAGCAGGCGGGCUCCAUCUUUGGGCCCGGAGCGGCAGGUACGGCGGCGGGCGGCGCGGGCAAGACGCGCCAGGCGGCAGCGCACAGCAGCCCACGCGGUGCGCAGCGCCCCAGCUCCGCAUCGGCGUCGGAUUCAGCCGCGGACUCGCCAGAGCAAGCUGUGGCGCUGGAGUCUCUCGCGGCGCGGCUGCCCUCGCCCUCUCGGGAUUCGUCCUCUAAUGCGUCGCUCAACCGCCCUGGCGUGCGGCGCGUGCGCAAGGCUGGCGUGACGGUCACCCCUCACACCAACGGCACCAGCGCUAACGGUGUGAACGGGAACGGCGCCAACGGGCACACCAAUGGCAGCUACACCAACGGGCACGCGUCAAACGGGCACACCAACGGUGCUAGUCACGGGGGCGCCAGCGCGCAUCUGUCCAUCAACGUGCCGUCUCAGCACGCGGUGGAGGUGAGCGUCGCGCCCGGCAUGCCCGUUAAGAUCAACCCGCAGGGCAUACCGUCGCCAGCAGCAGCGCCGGCAGCGGCGGCAACGGCUAGCACAUAGGCGGGUGGCGUCAGACGGCGAACGCGGGAUGGCUACGAUACAUGAGAUUGGAGGAGCACAGCUUCUGGCGAGUGGCCAGCAGGUCACACAAUGGCGCGAAUGCGCGAGGUUUGCGAGACUGCGAAACACAGCUGGUGAUUUCAUUGGCGCCUGGUGGGUUCUCGGGGCUCCGGGGUGACGUUGCGGGUGCGGCACAGGGAACAGUGACAUGCAGCCUCUGUCAACCGUGGUAGUGGCAACGAAGCAAGCGAUCUUGCCCCGGCAGCUUUUCUGGUCUGGUCGAGAGUUGUGUAACGAGUAGUUGUCAGGCGUGAUGUUUGACUUGGUCUUGGGAGCAUGUUGAAGGGGUGCAAAAUAACACGGUUGCAUUGACAACGCGCCCGGAGGAGCCGCCGCCUGCUGCAGCCGCAUGCGUCAUGUUUGGGGCGCGAUGCGAGUUGUGCGCAUGUGCGUACGGCAGAUGCUAGCUACACAAGCAACAGUUAUGUGGCACUGGGCCCUCAAUUUUGCUGCGCUGUGGGGUGCGCCAGGCAGAGCACCGCUGGGGGCGAGGAACACGUUUUGUCUGCAUGUGGUGCGUUGCGCGAAGUAUGCUACCGCUCAGUGUGCAGCGGCGCGAGGGGUGCCCGUGGCCCCAUGCUUAUGUGAUGGCGCGUAGAGGUUAGCUUUCCUUGAUUGAGAGCCACGAGAGUCGUCACUGUUGUGGCGCACGUGCGGCAGGUUGCCCCAGAUUACAAUGCUGAGCGGCUGGUCUACACAACCCAAAAGAAAUGUCUGGUGUACGUGCAUCGGUGGUGAGCGAGCUGAGGCGAGGCGUGAACACACAAGUGGACCAGGCCCGCACAGGGCAACACCAGCUCUGGCUUCGCAUGCAGAAUAGAGGAGCUCGAGUACGAUGGUUACUGUUGCGAGUUUGGAUCUGAGCGUGUGGGUCUGAGCUGGCAUACUUCUGCUCCAUUAUACCCGCAUGCACUCGUGUAAGGUGAACCUCUAGAACCACAUGCGGCCUCACACCGGACCGCAAGGUGACAUCAAUGCCGACGAAGGAAGAGCACGCCGGGGUGGGGCAUAUAGCUUAUUGUCGUAGUCGGUUGACGAGUAGGAUUUCUGCCAGUCUGUGAAACUGAUCACGUCGUA